CCGUGCUCAUCGAUGAGAGUACAGUACAAAAAGAAGAUUAACAAUUAUUAGGCUCACUCAUCCCGCUCCUUCCUCCUCGGUGAGGUUUCUACUGUGCAAAUUCUCCGUGGCUUUUAAUGAAUGUGCAACAAACAUAAAAAUACAAAUAACGUGCUCCGUGACUUUAUUACUCCCUGCCUUUGCUGCUUCUUCAUCAUCUGACAUCAGUCACUUCACUGCUGCUGUUAACUCAAAAUAGUAAUAUUUCGCCAAAUGUAAUAAUAAUAAUUCCAAAGGGUGAAGUAAUCCAAUAAUAACAACUUUAGCGAAACUUAACUGUUCCGGACAAUUAAUAGAGAAACUCACAUUACUUUGUUCAUCAUCCACUCAUCCUUUUGAUAACUGUGUAUUGUAAAAUACGACGACCUUGCUCGGAAACUGAGAAGAGUAAAAUUCAAGUGUAAUUCAAUCCGCCGUUUUUUGGAGACGGGAUUUCAUGCUAUCGGAAUUGAGGCAAAACCCGUCUUACAUGUGUCAGCGAUUACCACUCAACAAAAAUGACAUCGCUGAAUCGUGUGUUUCUGAUUGCAUUAAUAUUGCAAAUCGGUUGUCUGGCAUUGGAUCAUCCUAUAUCAGAAUUGGAGUACGAGGAGGAUGAACUACGACUUCUUGUGGGAGGCUCAUACCCAUCAGAUCCAAUACAUAUUUCAGAUUCCAGCUCAGCAGACAACGAAUUUGAAAGCGAUGUAGUUUCUUUUCAUCCAUCAGCUUAUGAUUUUCAUGAAAGCCCGGUGGGUAUGGCCCGCUUGGGGAUAGUGCGAAUCGAUAAUAGACUGAAAAGUGAAACUGUAAAGUUGAUCUCUAUUUCCGGAAAUACCGUAAAUUUCCACUCAUCGUUCUUUGCCGACAAGAUAAUUGGUCCUGGCAAUUCUACCUUUUUCGAAGUAGUAUUUUUAAGUCGAGAGGAGGGUCAGUUUGACUCAGCCUUGUUUGUUCACACUUCGAAAGGACUGUUUAAGUAUCAUGUUAAGGGAGUGGGCUUACCCAACCCUUAUCGGCUAAGACCCUUGGUCGGAGCUAAAAUUCCUGUGAAUGCCAGUUAUGAACCCAUCAUCACACUACACAAUCCUCACGACACACGCAUCCUUGUCGUUGAGAUGCUUUCAAGUGGCACUGAUUUCAGUUUGAAGCUGCCUGAUGACAUGGGUGAUCAAGAACAAGGCACUGCGUGGGCCAUAGAACCGUUCCAAACAAAAUCAGUGAUGCAAGGGAGUUUUCAAGGAAAGAUAGAAGGGAAUCAUACUGGGUUUAUCAGGAUCAAAGUCAAUCAUACGACUAUUUCUGGGGAGUACUUGAUGGUUCCUGUUGAAGUUCAAGUUAGUUCUUCUCCGGGAAUUUACUGUCCUCAAGAGUCAUUGGAUUUUGGCCUUCUUGUUCGAACUGAUAAGCCAAAAACACUAUCAUUGAUUCUUAUCAACGCUCAACCAAACCCUGUCAAUAUUCAGUCCGUGACUGUCAAAGGUGAAUCCAAUCAUGCAAUUCGCAUUGAAUUUCGCCCGGUAUUUAUUGAACCCGACUCUUCCGCUUCGACCGUUAUUGCACUAAUAACUUUUGAUCCGUCUCUACUGGACAACCCAUCUCAGUCAAACGGGUUUAUUGAGGUACGGAGCGAAUGUGAAAAAUCGAUUAAGAUCCCAUUUAUAGCAAGCGUCUUGGAAGGGGAGUUAGAAUAUAACUCCUCCUCGCUGGGUUUUUUUGACAAAGGAGAAAAUAGUCAACCACGAAACUUUAGCAUUAAGAACACAUUUUCUUCCGCGGUCGCUAUUUACCAAAUCACCGUAAACUAUCCGGAUAUCAUUGAAGUGGAAACCUUUAAUCAGUCACAUGUGAUAAUUCCAGGAGAACAAAAGACAAUUUGUACUCUCAAAGUCCAAAAGAAAUUUGAACUCUGUGAUUCCAAGUCACCAGUGCAGCUGACUGUCAAGAGCAACAUUACAAAUUUAAAGUUGCCCAUUACUUGCUAUGAUGGAAAGUUGCAGCUGUUUUCGGUUGAGAGUGGCAAACUAGACUUUGGUAGGGUGGAACUUUAUUCCACAUAUACUGAAUAUAUUGCCGUACAGAACAAAAAUCCAGUAGAAGUUCGGUUGAAAUCUUGGGGGUCAAAUUCGUCUUUUAGUCAAGUGGAACUGGUCGGAAUGCAGAAAGGAGUCAUGGAAGAUUUGCCCAGAAUUCGUGAUUUCGACAAUUUGAAGAAAUCGCUAUUUCUGCAACCUGGACACAUGGCAGUCUUUUCUGUAGAUAUUAGACGACCGACCGUAGAAGGAAUGUUUUAUGGAGAAUCCUAUGUCAUCACAGAUCAAAAUCAAACCCUUCGAUCCCCGUUUAAAUUUACUGUAUCAAGAGGGUCCCUGUCGUCUGAAACAAUAUUUUUUGAUAAAGCAUUUCCCGGAAAAAUUUCGUUUGAGAAGUUAUACCUGAGCUCUACUUUUAACCACACACUGAAAUUUGUUGGUCUGAGAUCCCAUCCACCAUCGGCCGUUUGGUUUUCUGCUUCCACACUUCAAAACCACCCAGAAAUCCCCCCCGAACCUCAUCGAAAAAGUUUGGUUGGAAAAGUUCACUUUGAUCCUAGGAAGUUUUGUAAUCAGGAGUGCUAUGCUGGAUUUUCCCUAGAAUCCAAAUUCGGUAAAGAUUGGAUGCGAGGUGCCAUUUUAAAUUGGGAAACUGGAGAAAUUGAUUUGAGGAUUUUAGAAACGCUGCAAGCUCGAUUUAAUCAAAUCAAAGACGAAAUUGUUUCGAAUAUGUCCUUGUGGGUUGACACGAAUGGUCCUUCAGGAUUCAAAAUCAAAGCACAAACCCGAUAUAUGUGGCCACGAGUAUCAACUCAGAAAACCAUUUUGUUCCCUCUAACAUCACUUGGAAAUGAGACUUUUGUUGAUGUCGUCAUCAGUAAUCCAUCAAAUGUGCCAGUGGUUUUUCAAGCUGCCAUGGCGGAAGGUUAUGGUCCAUCAUGGACCAACUUUCUCCAUGAUAAUUUUGUCGGGGGAAAUAUUACUGAAGGGGGAUCUGCAUUUUCUGUAAAAGAUGUCUCAUGGCCUUCUAGUCAGUUCAACGGGAGUGGGAUUGUCGAUGUGAAGAAAAUAUUUCAGAAACACAACCCAGAAUUCAAGGAGCUUAUGCCAGGAUUGUUAUUUAUACUUCCCCCAACGAGUAAACUUGCAUUGACUAUUAGAUUUGCCCCAGUCUCAAAGGAAAUGGCCAAUUCCUUGCUCCUUUUGCGAAAUAAUCUCACUGGUAUUGAGGUCGUAAUGUUGAAAGGACGGGCAGGUACUGGACAGCUCACCGUCGGUAAUGGAACACCUGGGUCAUCCUUAAUGUUUCAACUCACCGAGGGGUUACUGCAAGGGUGCGAUAAAGAAGUGGACUCUGCCUUAUCAUACAUUUCGCCACAAAUAACCGUUCGCAGAUCUUUCGUCGCUAGAAAUAUUGGGGAAAUUCCAUUAGAAGUCACGAAAAUGAUGAUAUACCCACCGCAGGUUUCUUUGUGGACUUGGGUAAUGGGAUGGACAAGCUAUGAUGGAGAUGCGUGCGAAGGCUAUGGAUUUCGAAUUUUGAACUGUCACCCAUUUCUACUGCAGCCAAAUCAAACGCAUUCAAUUGAUAUUGCUUUUACUCCAGACUUUACUCUAUCUAAAGUUCUUUCCGCCCUACUUCUUAUCGACACUGUUGGAAACGCUUUCAACUACACAUUGGUGGCUCUCAUCCCAACAAAUAUGCUCGCAAAGUGUGCCUCUGCUAUUCCUCGCCCUUGGUGGGAAUGGUAUUUAAAGGCGACGGUAAUUGGAGGUGGUUCAACCAUGAUACUUAUGGGGUGCUUCCUCGGCUACUUUGAGGCCCGUAAAGUGAUCGCAAAUACUGUUCUUGCAACCGUGCGCGUUUUACCAAGAGAGCCUCCUGAUGACAUUCCGGUACCGGAGGAGAGAGAGCAACCUCAACGUUUGGAUCUUAAGGCUGUGUACGACAAGGUGGAGAACCGCUUCAGAAAAAAUCAGGCUGAUGCUCAGAAAGGACUGCCUUCUACUCAAUCCAAAAGUCAGACGAAUAUUAAACUAGGCGAGUUGUCUCAAGCUCCAAGCAUUAGAAAUAGAAAAGGCAAGAAGGCUGGAAAUGAUCUGAACGUUGCUUCUCAAACUGCGACCACCAACAACCGACUAACGGAUAAAACAAAUCAUAAUAUUGUUGUACAGCGUAUUAGUACCAACAUUGUUGAGGAAGUUGCAGCUACCUACAUGAACUUGGGUACAAAGAAGGAGAAUAAUGUCAAUAAGAAAAAGAAAGGGAACAAGGGCCAGCAACAAGUCAAUGGAAAAGUCAAUAAGAAAAUGCAAAACAAAAUUGACACGUUCAAUCCAGUUGUGCAAGGUAAGAAGACAGAAGAGGAAACCAGCUCAACGACAACUGAAAGCUCCAAUCCUGACGACAUUGUACAAUACUCAGAAGCGGAGCCAAAAAUUACCGAAAAAACAGCCAAUACCAAAGGUGCAAAGGUUAAAAAUGCGAAAAGGGUAGAAAAGAACAAUGAAUCGAGUUCUAACGAAAACAUUUCAAAUAUUUCGGAAUCCUUUACCGAUCGAUCUCAUGAUGCCAAAAAGGUUUAUACAAAAAAGAAGGAUUCUGCGUCGGAUUACAGUGCAACGUCGUCUUAUCAAAGCAAGUCUGGCAAUUCUACUCCGAAACCGGAAAUUGGGUCACUUUGGGAUACCCCACGCCCACCGAGUGGGGAAGGUCUGAGUGAACUUGCUGCACAGACCGAGGUAUUUGUGUUACAACGUCCAAAGAAACGUACCGUGUCUGGUGGUGAUGGAACUGGAUUGGCUGUUGAUGGAAAUUUCAUGAAUGUCAACAAUCCCAGAAAUUCAAUGAGCUACUUUCAAACUCAUCCAAUACCGUCAUAUGGAUCAAAUUCACAACAACGCGGCUCCUCCAGCUCCAGAAAACCAGCCGGUGUUAUUGGUCAACCUAGGUCAGCAGGACUGCCCCAUGGAAAUUUUGGAUCUCAUUCCCAUUCGAUGUCAUCGACACUGCCGCCAAACCCGGAUUACAAUUAUCAACAGACACACUAUCCGCACAACAUCGUUCCUCCAAGGGCCCCUGCCAUUGCUCCUAACAGCUCGAUUUGGGACAACGAUAUUCAUACUGGAAAUGCAGACAUGUGGAGUCGCCGAAGUAUUGAUACGCCACCCGCUUCAACAAAUUAUUACAACAGUCCUCACGAGAACAAGUUUACGCAACAACCAAACAUGGGAUUUUCUUCAGAUGCACCUUACGGCUAUAACAUCAACAAUUCAGCUUCGAGUGGACUCCCUUUCUGUCCCACAACCUCAGAAAAUCAUUUUGCUUACACCCCUCCCACUAGAAUGUCACAAACGAUCAACUAUUCAUCUGCUAGUGGGAACGGAAUGAUUCCUGGUAGUGACGUUUCUAAGAACUUUGAACAGCAAAGAUCGCCAGCUGAGUCUUCGUACUUGUUUGCAAAUACUGGUGUGUUCGCUAAUAAUACCAACAACAACCGGAAUCAGAUUAGUCCUCCAUCUUUCAACGAAACAUCAACUCAGUACCGAUCACAUCAAGGUUAUGUAAACCAAAUCCCACCAAUCACUACUCACUCCAAUCAUGGUUACCUUCAAAGAAUGAGGUCAGACCCUACCAUAAGGUCGCAUUCACAACAACCCAGCCCACCAUCCUCAACACGACCUCCUUGGAUUGGAGCAGUCUUUGCUGACAAUGAAUUGAAGAGACGUGAGACAGAAGAAAGAGAAAGGAAUACAUGGCUUCCAACGGCACAACCACCACCACUACAGCCAACGUCUGUGGCAAGUACAGAUCCACCAGGAUACCAUCAGGAUUGGAAAGGUUUGGGAGCUGCUGGACCCUUGACAAUUGAAUCCCAGAUCUGGGACUCAUCCAAUGUAGGUGGACCUGGCAGGUGGCCAUCCGCUUACGAUACUCCGACCACGAUCGCACAAACUGCAUCAGUAAAUAAAUCCAUGGCUAUUGGACCUGCAGCACGUUUGCGACUGUCUGCAACUGCUCGAGAUGACUCGAAUAUUCCAAUUGGAGAUGGAAGCAUUCGAACACCCACUGAAGACAUAACUCGGGAAGUUGAGGCUGGUCUUGGAUUUAACCCAUUUACAUCGAACAUUUGGAACAACAACCAAUCUGAAUCAACGUCAUCAUCAUCGUGGGGAUCGUACUCGUAUUCACAAAAGAAGUGAUACUAGCGAAAAACGCCAUAUUCGAUCACUCAAUUAAAUUUAUUUGUGCUCUUCCCAAAUUCUAAAUUCAACAGUAUCAAAAUUGGAGUAGGUAUUUGUUUUACCUGGCAAUCUCACUUAAUCUCAAUCCAAGAAAUGUAGAGCAAAAUAUAAUGCAUCAACCAACUUGUUUAUCAAUUUAUAAAAAUUGUAUAAUCCAAAUCAAAUAAUUUUUGAUAAAAACGUCAUUAUUAUUCAUUGCGAGUAUAGUGCAUCAUUUUAGAUUCACACGAUAGUAAACGGCGGGUGACGCUGUUAAUGUUUUAGUCAAUAAUUAAAAAACAAACAAUAUAUAAAUUAUUGUUAUUAUGUCACAAGUUUAAUUUUACAAUUGUCAUCCAUGUUUCAAUUUUGUUUGUCUCGUUUGUUUUCAAUUAGCAUAUUGUUUCUGUACGGCCACCAAAUAAUUUACAAUUUAUCAUAAUGAUGAUUCUUUCUCAUAUUUGUGUACAAUUGUUCUUCUUCAAUCGAACCUUUUUAUGAAUUUGAAUCAUUGUUAUUUCCCAUAUUUUCUGUUAUUUCCUUGUUAUUUCAAAUCUGUUUUUUGAACAUCAUUCGCCUUCCACCAGAAGGAAGGGUCUUAUGUUUUAAAAAUAAUAAUGAUUUAUACGGCGUGCAACAACAAGUAUAUCAAUGGACUGAAUGAGAUGUUACAACGUCCGCAAAUAUUAUGUUCUCUCUAACACCUAGAACUCUUAGAUAUUGUGUGCGUAUCAAAAAUCGUAUUUGCGUACUUCGUUCAUUGUUCAUCAUUGAUAAUUUAUGACGGAGGAACAACAAUUGUUAUAAUGGCAACAGUAAAUGAAUUAUAAAUGCACAUGAAUUGUGCAUUAUUGCAAAUUAUCUGUCAAUGCCAUUAAUUGAUAAUAACUUUUAAGUAAAAAAUAGUCGCAAAAUGCCACCAGUUUGUGCUGCGACUGAUUUCGAUGUGAAAUGUAAUUCUCAAUUGUUACCCAUUCCUGAUCUUGCUACAUGAAAAUGUUUCAUCUUUUAUAAGAUACAACUGACAGACUGUGUUAAGCCAAGCCUGUUUGUAACAUUGCAAUGAGAAUGGGAGACUGUCGAAUAAAAAAGUUUUAAAAUCGAAGCCUGAAAA